CAGAACACUCCCAGGGAGCCCUGAAAUACCCUGAAGGAGAUAGGAAAGGGCUAAUCCUGGAUGAGUUGUGAAGAGGGAAGAAGGGAGCAGGGAGAAAGGGCUGGGGCCCAGGGUGGAGGGUGCAGGCUGCCUAUGUUUGCAGGGAGGGCUGAGUGGUAGGAUUGCUACUCUCUGGGUAGGGAAGGGUUAAGUCCUCCUGGGCCUUCUGCUGUGGCCACCCUCCCUUCCUGAACUUUCUCCUCCCCAGCCCUGGAGCCACACCCAGAGCCUCUGGUUCCCUGAGCCAUUUUCUUGGCCUGCCUGAGCCCCUUUCAUGGCCUGCCUGAGCCCCUUGCAGCUCCAGAAGUUCCAGGAGGAUGGAUUCCUGGUGCUGGAAGGAUUCUUGUCUGUGGACGAGUGUGAGGCUAUGAAACAAAGGAUUGGUGAGAUCGUGGCCGAGAUGGAUGUCCCUCCCCACUGCCGCAUAGAAUUUUCCACCCAACACGAGAAACAGCUUGGAGCCCAGGACAGCAUAGACUAUUUCUUGAGCAGUGGUGACAAGAUUCGAUUCUUCUUUGAGAAAGGUGUUUUGGACAAUAAAGGAAAUAUCUUGGUGCCUCCAGAGAAAUCAGUCAACAAAAUUGGUCAUGCUCUGCACGCCCAUGACCCUGUCUUCAGGAGUGUCACACAUUCCCCCAAGGUGCAGGCCUUGGCCAGAAGUCUGGGCCUCCAGAUGCCUGUGGUGGUGCAGAGCAUGUACAUCUUUAAGCAACCUCACUUUGGUGGUGAAGUCUCCCCUCACCAGGACACCUGGUUCCUGUACACGGAGCCCCUGGGCCGGAUGCUGGGCCUGUGGAUGGCGCUGGAGGAUGCCACGCUGGAGAAUGGCUGCCUUUGGUUCAUCCCUGGCUCCCACACCAGCGGAGUGUCAAGAAGGAUGAUCCGGGCCCCUGCUGGCUCAUGGCCUGCUACCAGCUUCCUCGGGGCAGAGCCAGACUGGGAUAACAGCCUCUUUGUGCCCACACCAGUGCAGAAAGGGACACUGAGGUACACCCCAGCAUCAUCAGGAGGUCCCUGUUGAGUGGCACAGUGCAGAGGGCUUCUGGCCACAUCUGGGGUGGAGAGGCCCUUUGUAAGGCU